UCAGUUCGGCGGAGAAAAACUAGUGCUCGUGAAAGAAACAUGCGACGACUUGAAAGUAAUGAGCGAGAGAGAAUGAGAAUGCAUUCGUUAAAUGACGCUUUUCAAGGGCUUCGUGAAGUUAUACCACAUGUUAACUUAGAAAGAAAACUGUCCAAAAUAGAAACCUUAGCAUUAGCCAAAAAUUACAUCAAGGCAUUAACAAACGUCGUAUGUGAAAUGCGGGGUGAAUUUUCUCCAUAUAAAUUCCAAGCUCCUGAUCCGGAAAGUAAAUCAGAAGAAGAAAUAAAAAAUACUACUGAUAUUAAUGGAAAUGAAAAUAUAGACUCA